AUGUCUACCAUUUAUGUUUCGAUUGUAUAUAAAAGGUACGAAAGCCGCUUCAAUGAGCUGCAGCGUAAGAUCUGUGCAGUGGUUCCUGAAGCAGUGGUUGAAGGAGUAUGUGGAAGAAGAUCUUCUUAUGAAGUAACCAUCAAUGAAAAACUGGUGUUUUCGAAAUUAGAGAGAAAUCAGUUUCCUGACAUGGAUGAGAUUGUGAAUAACGUCAUUAAAGCAUCCAAAAAUGAAGAAGUGGACACUAUUCAGCAAACUGAACAAUGGUGUACAAUACUAUAAUUAAGUGAAGACAGACAAUUACGGAUACGUUUCAACUACAUAUGACGACUCGUUAGUAAAAGCAAUCCUUUCCAGCUAACCAGUCUGAUGCAAAUGUAGGGAAACAUCUGGCAACUGUUUUUAUAAAAUUAUGCUUAUUAAAAUUUAAAUUGCACACAAA